UCUCUUUAGUCUUUGGUCAGAGCAGAAAUAUAAUUACAUGCUCUGUGCAGAAAUCUUCAAUUUUUCGGAGGCGACGUUACGUUGGUGAACUGUGUAGCGUAUACGAAGUCUACUGAAUAUUUGCAGUAUAUUUGACAACAAUGUUUGGUUUGCUACUCACAUUGCUGGGUUGGGUGGGUCUGAGCCCAGUGCCCUUUCUGGCUGGAGUCAUAGGGGCCACUGAACCAGCACUCAAGCUAUUGAUAUCGAUAUUAAUAGCAUACCCACUUGCGAUUGUAUACCAUAAAUAUGUACGGCAACAUGUGGAAUAUAGGAACUUGUAUUUCAUAGCAACGGGGUUAGACAUGGCUUACUAUAACUUUGGUAUCUCCAUGUACCAUAAUGCCAUACCAGCUUUAGUAAUAUAUCUAACCACCAAGUUAUUUGGGCCAGGAAAAGUAAAUUCGGUCAUCACUUUUGCUUUCAAUAUGGCGUACCUACUCGCUGGGUAUGUGGUGACUGAGUCUGAAGAAUAUGAUAUAACUUGGACUAUGCCCCACUGCGUGCUGACCCUCAAGUUGAUUGCACUGUCGUUUGAUUUAUGGGAUGGAAAGAAGAUGCUAAAAGGACAGGAACUAUCAGCAAACAAUAAAUUAACAGCCAUAGAAAGCUCACCAACAUUUUUGGAGCUGAUUGGAUUUGUUUAUUUCCCUGCGUGUUUCCUAGUCGGACCUAUAUUUUCCUUCAGGCGUUACAAAGAUUAUAUUACCGACAAAUUUCCCUUGGAUAAAGAAAAAGCCGUGUACGAAGCGCAAGCUAUCAAGCGACUUGUACAAGGACUAAUCUAUUUGGUUGCAUAUCAAGUUGGAGUUACUGUAUUUAAUAUAAAAUAUAUGCUGUCCGAUGAGUUCAGAGAAACAUCUAUUUUCUAUAGGCAUUUCUACUGUGGACUUUGGGCUCACUUUGCCUUAUAUAAAUACAUUUCCUGCUGGCUGCUCACUGAAGCAUCAUGUAUCCGGUUUGGAUUGUCAUUCAAUGGCAUGGAGACCAAAGGCUACCCGCAGGUGAGCAAGUGGGAUGGUUGCAACAACAUCAAGUUACUGCGGUUCGAAGGCGCCACGCGGUUCCAGCACUACAUCGACAGCUUCAACUGCAACACCAAUUACUUCGCCGCUGAAUACGUAUACAAGCGACUCCGCUUCCUCGGUAACCGCAACCUUAGUCAGCUAAUUACGCUCGCGUUUCUCGCACUAUGGCACGGCACACAGUCCGGAUACUACAUGACCUUUUUCAAUGAAUUUAUUAUAAUGGUCAUGGAGAAGGAUAUCGAAGUAAUGCUUACCAAAACACAAUUCUAUCAUAAAAUGUGGGGCAACACAAUCUUCAAGUACCUGUUAUACAUAAUUCUUAAAACCUACACCAUAGUGUUUAUGGGCUGGAGUUUGGCACCGUUUGACGCUAAGAGCUUUUCAAAAUGGUGGUCCAUAUACGCCAGUUUGUAUUUCUCAGGAUUUAUCCUUUUCUUGCCAUGGACUUUUGUCUAUAAACCUCUAAUCAAAUCUGGUUUAAAAUCCUUAGAACAGAAUGAAUCAAAAACUCAGUAAUUUUAAGUUCGAUACAUUUAAUUAGUAAUGAUAAUGCGUUAGUCCUUUUUCACACGCUCCGGUUGCCGGGCAUCGGGUGGUGAAUGUACAUUGGAACAUACCCGGUACGUAUCCUAACUAAUCUAACGUAGCAAUACACGACUGGUUACUAACAACUGGAGCAUGUAAAAAGGGCCUUAGGCCUGAAACUGCGUUAAGCGGGCGCCCGCGAUGGUCAACCGUCGUGUGAAUACGUGUGUGGAUACGCGGGUGGGCUCCCUGGAUACGCGACGGUCCUCAUCGCGGGUAUCAAGACUAAUUUACGCAGUGUCGGUAGUUCAAUUCUAACGGUGUGCUUGUAUAUUCGUGUCGAUCCAGAACUUAAUAUAUUAUUACGUAGCAAAACGACGACUAGUAAAAAAUCGACACCCCGUAAGCCGGUUUAUCAAAUCUUAAGUUGUUGUGCGGGGAAUUUGUCGUAAAGAUCAGAAAAUUGAGUGAAAAUCAGUCAUCACUCAUUUUAAAAAUAUGUAUUAUAAAGUUUCGGUACAUGUCUUCGCGUAACAGAUUCGAUUUCCGCACGGAGCAAAUCUUUGUGUGAUCCACAAAUUGUAAUACCUAGUGUGGGGGAAACUAUUAAAAAAAUUGAAAAUAGGUCUACAACGAAUUAUUUUCGGAACUGGAACCAUAUUUUCAAAUUCCCCCGGUCCCAUAUGGCAACCGUGACACUGCACUUCCACAAUUACCCUCUGUAUUAAAAGACAUUGUUCUUGAUUUUAGCUGAGCGUGAAUUCAAGCUGUAUCACCCAGCGUUAUUGACUAAACAAGCCCGUACGUGUUACCGCUGGCGGGCACCGGGCGUGCUCUGCGACGGGUCCCGUCGCACGGUGGCGGGCCCCGUUGCGUGGGUGCGAGGCACGCGUCCCCGUGACGGACACUCGCGCUGGUCCCCGUGACGGAGCACAUUUAUAUGACACCACGCGGGUGCCUGCUUAGCGCAGUUUCAGGCGUUAAGGUCUAAGGUUCUUUAAGUAACGGCUAUUGUUCUACAAAGUACCAAAAUCGUGCAACUCAGUGUAAUAAACAAUAAUAGCUUUAUUUUAUUUUUUACUGUAUUGCGUUACUCGGUUAUGGUAUAACGUUAAGUUAUACCAACGGUAAGUUGUUCGAUUUUCGCAUUUAGCAUAAUACUGAUGGUUCAAAGAGUUAACUGUUGCAUGUCGUACAUAUACAUAAAUAACAAAAAUUGCCUAAGUACAAUUUGGACUUUGCGCACGACCAGACUAUGUAGCGUCUAUGAGACGCCGAUGACUUCCCUGGAUUGGACUCCUGGUCGUGACGUUUUAGACAUUUUACAUUAUAAAUAUUAAUCAUGGUUGUAUUUAUUUACUUUUUUUAACGGAAUACAUAAAUAGUUGCCACAUCAGUGAAUCUUGUUGAUAUUGCUGUUAUUCAGUUUCAAAGGAAAUCGCCCAACCUCGAUACAUUUUCGGAGUAAUUCCAAAAAUACUGGUUAAUAAAAAUAAAUCUAACUAAGGCAGACAAUAAUAUUGAUGGAUUUCUUAGCUAGACUGUUAAUUACUGCCACUCUGACAUGACCUUUGGAAAACGCACCCACAUAGGAGAUAAAAUCCUAGUGCGGGGGCUAAAUGGACUCAAAAGUUGAUGUGCAAUAUUUAUGACUGGGUAUUGUACAUAGUAGUAGCCAUAGUAAAGUACACCAUUUUUGCCUAUUUUAUUUGCGGUUUAAUGAAUUAUUGACACUGCCGCUGAGUAAGCCUUUGGGAAAUUAAAUAUGAAUGCAUAAUCUACUGAUUUGACGGUAAUGAUGAUCAUGUUAGGAACUUGAAUAAAAAAUAAUGAAUUAGUUAAUGAUUGACACAUAACACCGUUAGUAUUUAAAAAAUAACAAAACUACUCACUCUCUCUCAAGUAUUAUGUAGGUACCUAUAUAUUUUUAUACCAAAAUGUUAUAAGUAUUUGUAAUAACUCCUUUCGCACAAUUGCUAUUGUGUAUUAAUUUGUAUUAUUAUAAUACAAUAUUUCUUUCUUUUAAUUUCUUGGCUCAAAAUUAGUACUUUCUAAUUCUUCUAAACUAAUAAUUAGUAAUAGGACUGGUUUACCUCAUUGGUAGCCGGUGCUCUUCUAUGAUGCUGAGUUAAGUUCGAAUGAUUUGAAAAGUGGUUUUAAAUUGAGUUUGCACCCCUGGCUACCCCUUCAGGAAUUGACAGAUAUUUUCUUUCUCUACAUACAAUUGAACAUUUCGAAUACCUUAUUUCUUACAUAGAAAUUCUAGGAUAUUUAUAAACAACAUAAUACCAGUUUUACUUGAGUGUUCCGUGCCCAUAGCACAUUUUCAGCAGUCUUUUAUCUUAAAAAACUGAUAGAAAAUGUUAUCACCUCUUUACCAUACCUUCAGUACGACGUCCAAAAUUCUGGCAGGUGUCAUAAUAAAAUGGGACCAAUUUUGAUGUAUUUAAGAAGAACAUCUUUAAGAGCGAUUCUUCUAUUCUUUAGUUGAUUCUAAAUAAAUUAUAAUUAUGCACAAUAGCUGUUCUCUAUCUAAAUUAAAUAUAUCUGAGCAUUUUUUUACUUAGGCAGUGGCCAGUCAGUAUCAUAUUAUAGUUAUUAUUACUUUUUAUUUAUUAGAUAUUUUAUUAAUAUAUCGAGAAUAAUGUCUUUUCUAAUUUUAAGUUUCUUUGAAAGCGUAAUGUUCAAUGUGUAUGUAUGUCAUUAAACGUUUAAUAGGAUUUGACUUUGGUAUUUAUGUAUUGUAUAACUGAUUCUUCUUAAAUGGUUCAUUAAUCUGUCCCUUAAAAAUUAUGUUACACUUAGAUUGUAGCACUGUGAAGCAGCAUAUUGAGUUUUAUCGUUUUUUCGAAAAAUUCUUAGAGUUAAUCUUGACUUGGUCUAAUAAAUAAAAAUAGUGAAAAGUGGGAGUUACAUUAAAUAUUUUGCUCUGACUUUACCUCCGGGGAUGGAAAGGCUUAAUGUUAUGGCAUCAAUUCUAGUUAUUUCUCGGUUAAGAAUUAACUGAUGAUUGAAAAAUCGGCCCCUAAAAGUUGAACAUAAUUAUAUCCGUAAUCAAACAAUGUCUAAUAGUAUUUAUUAUAUUUCUAUUUUCACAACUCAGCUAUGUCUAUCAUAGUAUUAGAGCAAAUUAAAAUUCAAUAAUCAUCUACUUUUGUUAUCGACCGUAAUUAUACGAAACAUAAAUUUAUUUUCUAUUAUGCUAUCUCGACUUCAAUGAGAGUAGUUGAAACUAUUAUUCUACGAAACUGUUGAUUUAUUAUAGAGAAAUAGAAAACAUAUUCCUAGAUAUUAAAUCUAUAUUUAAAAAGAAAAUUAUUAAAUAUUGUACGUCCCUCAGCUAUGUCUAUCAUAGUUUUAGAGCAAAUAAAAAAUUCAGUAAUCAUCUAAUUUUAUUAUCCAAUCUAAUUAUUAUUAUACGAAACAUUAAUUUUUCUAUAAUGCUAUCUCGACUUUGAUGAGUAGUUGAAAUGAUUAUUGUCUGAAAAUUUGAUUUAUUAUUGACAAACAAAAAAUAUAUUCCUAGAUAUUCAAUCAAUAUUUAAGAAGAAUAUUAUUAAAUAUUGUAGGUCACGGUGUGAUUCAUACGGAAGAAGCAGGCUCCUUAGAACAGAUGUGAUCAGAAAUUAUCAUACCAUAAGAAAGCUUAAUUCUACCCUAAUAUAAGAAAUUUGGUUUCCAUGUCUCUGUAAAGCUGACGAUUAGUUAAAAUAUAUCAUGGAACCUCCUUCUCCCGUAUAUUAAAGAUUAAUUUGUUCCUAUUCUAUCAUUUUAAUUUGACCAUUAUUUAAAAUUGUGCAACUUCUUAUUUGUAUGGCGUUACUCAUUGACUGACAGGUAUCAGUCGAUUGCGUGUCGUAUACAUCGUUAUGUCGUUAUCAUUAUUUUAUUAGUAAACAUUUAGAUAUUAUUAUUUAUAUCCAACUAUCUCUUCCCUUUCCAAUUAAUGUAACAAGAUAUUAGUAUUCUCACGUACAAUUAUAAAAAUACAUUGAUCAAUUAAAAACAUUAAGAGUUAAGUGUAAGUUAUUGGAUACUACUGUUUGCUAUAAGUGUUUCUCAUAAUAAAUGUUUCCUUCUAGCUAAACAAGCGAAGUAGCAAGUAAGUUCCCCCUGAUAUUGCCUAGCCUACAGAUUAAAAACUUGUGCUCUUAUAAACCGUUUGGAUUUAUCGUAGAUUGUUAGGUUAGAGACUAGUCUGAUAAAUAUAAUAAUUAUAGUAUAUAAAAAACAAUUCAACUAAAUAGUGGAAAAGGGCUGUAAUAGUUGUAGCCUUAUUUUUACGAUUGUUGCUUAGUUAGUAGUAAAAUAUAACCUUACAAUGCCGAUUCAGCCUCAUAAAUAUAUUGUUCAGUUUAUUUAUGUAUUACAACAGUUGAUAGAUAAUAAUUACAUGCAUAAUGUACUCAUGGUCCAGGAAUUAAGGAAUAUUUACGUUGUGCAAUUAGUGUAAUGCAUUCUGUUACUCAAAGUUACAUUGUGCAACAUAAUAAUAGAAAAAAAUACACAUAAACAUUACAUUAAUCCAAAUUCUUUGAUUUUAUAAUAAUUUCAUCUCUAUAUUAAUUCUUUAAGUUUUGUAAAUUGUAAAAGUUAUUUUAAAAACAUUGUAACAUAUCUACAUUUUGUGGAAAACGUGCUACUUAUCUUACCAUGGGACCAACCAGAUAUGUGGAAAACGUUUACUUACCUUAAGUUUAAAUCUAUAAAACCUAUUCCAAUAAUUUAAAGGUCCUUAUGUCCACAGUACCCACAUAUGAUUAUAAUGUUCUUAAAAUAGCCACGCUUAUUAAUAACAACUGCAUAAAUAAUACAAUAUAAUAUUUUCCAAUUAAUUGUUAUUUCACAUUAUUGUACUGUCUAUUUUCGAAUGAUAAUGAUUAAAUGUAUGUACCUAAUACAUGUUAAUUAUUAUUAUUUAGGCCAAUGAACGGGUAUCUAUAGAAAAUUUGAAAGUAUUAACCCUCCUUUUGGGGUUCGCCGCGGUCGGAUAAGAAUAUCUAUGAUUAUAUUAUUGAUGUUAAUCAUUCUCAUAUCAGCCACAAGACGUCCACUGCUGAACAUAGACCUCGAAUAUUUUACCUUUCAAAUUUUAUACAGGUACCCCCAAUGAGCGUUUUGCGAAAUAAUGUUAGUUAAAAAUAAAAAGUUUACAUCAUUUGUUUAUGCGGGAUAUAGAAUGGUAAAAAUAUAAGUAUAUAAAUAUUGGCACAGAAUCAGUGCAGCAAUUGACUGUUUAGUAAUAUCUCUCAAAUGAUUUAUUGUGUAUCGGUUGUAUUGUAAACAGCGUUUUGAUCUUAAAAGUGACGGACUAUUUGAAGGGGCAAACCUUUGGUCAAAACGUAAAAUACCAUUGUGAAAACAUAGUGGGUUUAUAGUACUGUUCAAUUAAUAUUGUCAUCUCCAAAUGCAUGCGAAGAUUCUUAUUGUAAUUAUUAUUAAAUCACGUAGAUCUAUAGAUAAAACAAUUUACAAGUCGAAUACCAUGAAACCACGUUUAUUUAAUUAUGAAAAGUUUAUAUAAUAAAGAUAAUAUAAUAUAAUUAUAAUUGCA